GACACAUUCGAGCUUUUUGUUCUAGUAUAGUAUAUAUGGAAUGACGAGUAUGGCGACUAGUUCUAGUUGAUGUAAAGUUUACCUGUUGAUAAUCGAAUCGAAUUUGGCUUAAGAAAAAUUAUCGAAUUAUCAUAAUUCUUGCGAGUGUAACCAAACGAUGUACCAGAAUCUUAAAAGUACGAAAAUUAGGAAAGAAGUAUUGUCAUAACUUAUACAUCUAGCAUAAGUUGCUGAACAAUGGUUUACAACAUUACAAAUACUCUGUGAAGGACCUGAUAGUGAAGAUUUUCAUUCACAAUAAAAAUGUAAUAUAAUUCUUGUGUUUACCCGCAUAAUUAGCUUCCACUAUUUUUUCUUUAAAAAAGUGUGUAUCAAAAAUUUCAUAUGAGAGAAUGGCAAUUCGUAUCACAUUAGAAUGUGGACACGCAUCAAUGUUACGUAUGCGGACCACUCCACAAGGAUACACUCAUGAUUGGGAAGUAUUUGUGCGAGGUAUAGAUAAUGCUGAUAUCCACCACUAUGUUGAAAAAGUGGUUUUUCAAUUACAUGAAACAUUUACAAAACCAAAGAGAAUCAUAAAAGAACCACCAUUUGUGAUAAAAGAAUCUGGUUAUGCUGGUUUUGAGAUUCCAAUUCAUAUUUAUUUAAAAAAUAAGGAUGAAGGUAGCAAAAAAAUAGAAAUUUUAUAUGACCUUAAUUUACAAAAAAGUGGUCCUGCAAUUACCAGUGUUAUAAAGCAUACUGAAAUAAUUAAUAAUCCUUCAGAUGAUUAAAAGGAAUUAUUAAAGGGUGGUGGUGUUCUUAUAUCUAAUUCUGAAAAUUCAGUUGAAAAAAGUGAAACUAAAGCAUUAACUAUGGUUAAUAAACCAAAAAUCAAUGGAAAUGAUACAAAAAAGCACAAAAAUAUAGAAUCAAAAACUUCUAAUUCUUUUGCUGAGCUAUUUGGAACUCCUCUAAAGCCUACAAAAGUUAUUCAAGAUCCUAAAAAACCUAUACAAUCAGAAAAAUCCUCAAGUUCUAAAUCAUUAAUUAGCACUGAAAAGUCUGAUAAGGUGGAUAAAUCAAAACUCAAAGAGAGCCCUCACAAAGAUAAUAAAAAAGAGAAAGUAGACGACAAAAAGGAUAAAAGAAUCAGAGAUCAAUCUAAAGAUAAAAUUCGUAAUAAAGAAAAAUCAAAAAGACCUCCAAGUCCUGGAAAUAAAAGUCAUUCUAGCCCUUCUAAUAAAAGACCUCUUUCACCUGCAUUAAUAUCAUUAAAAAGACCUUCUAGUCCUUCUCUUCCUCCUGCAAAGAGACCGUCUUCUCCAAAAUUAAAAGAAAAAGAACUAAAAAAAAUAACAGUUGACAAAGAUAAGGAUAAAUAUAAGGAAAAAGAUAAAAUAAAAGAUAAUGGUAAGAGCGUUAGCGAUUCUUCUAAAAGUGAAAAAAAAAAGGACAAGAAAAAACAUAAAGAAGAUCGGGAUAGAGAACGAAAAGAUAAAUAUAAAGAAGGAGAACGGUCUUCUUCGAAAGAAACUAUAAAAAUAAUAGAAAAGAAAAAUGAUAAGCCAGACAAAUCGGAAAAAUCCGAGAAAGAAAAAAGUCAAGAAUAUAAAUCUACGAAAGAUGGAAGAAAAUCGCCGAGACCUCCGAAGGAGAGUGAGAAACCAAAGGAUGAUAAGCUGCCAAAGAUAGAAAAAGCAGAAAAGAUGGAAAGAUCCGACAAAACGAAGGAUAGUAAAAGUGACAAGGAUAGACAGAAACAUAAGCAUAAGAAAAGGGAUAAAAAAGAUAAACGAGAUAGUAGUAAAGAUAGGGAUAAAAAAGAAAAACGUGAUAGGAUAAAAUCUUCAACAGAGAAGCAAAAUAAUGUGCCUAAUGUUUCAGUAGCUAAUCCUCUUUCAACUCUAUUGGCAGAAAUGCCGGAAAGGGAUAGUAGCGAUUCAGCGCCAUCCGUAGAUGAUGAUUCUUUUACCGAAUCAAAAUUGUCAGUGCCUAUCAUUAAGAAAGAAGUAGAAAAUAUAACAGUGUCUACACCGCCAACCGAUAUGGCGAAAGCUCUUUCACCCACGAUCCCGCCGGAUAUUAAAAAAGAAAAAGUAGAUCGAAGUAAAAGGGAGAGACCUAAAGGAAGCAAAGGGGAGGAGAAGGAUACUCGAAAGAGAAAACGAAGGAGUGAUAGUAAAGGCGAUGAUGAACAUGUGGUUAAAAGGGAAAAGGAUAGAGGUCAUUCAUCGUCACCUCCCUUAGAACCUGUUUCUUCGAGUCAAUCGCCCGUUGUGGUAGAUCAGGAAACUGUUCAUAUGAAAGACAAAGAGGAUCGUGGUGUCAUGGAACAAAUGGUUGAAAAAAAUAUCGAAGCAGAAGUGGAACAAGUGGCACCUGAUUCCACGAAUAGUACUUUGGUUGAUUCAGAUAUGGGGGAACCACCAGUGUUUUCGGAAGAUUAUGUGUCUCAAUUAAAAGACUUGCAACAAAAAAUAAUGACUUUACAAGAUAAUCAAGAAUUACAAAGAGUUGUUCAAGUAAUCGCAGAAACUGGUCAAUACGAGAUUACGAAGAAAACAUUUGACUUUGAUCUGUGUGCUCUGGACCGUAGAACGGUACAGCGUCUUCAACAAUUCUUCGCAUCGUGACCAUCUGCUUAAAUCAUGACAUCGUUUAUUAUUAUAUACAUUGUUAUUCUAUGUAUAUUAAGUCGUUAAGUUAUU